UCCGAGUUAUGUCCAGUGACACAAGCAGCCCUUGGAGAUAGAAGAUGCAUUCUUCACGUGAUAAAAAUCCAGACCCAUUCUACAAGCCACCCACAUCUACACAGAAGACAAGUGCUGAAAUUAUAAAUGAAGCCCGCCUUGCCCUGAGGAUCUUGAAAACGCAAAGACCGUUUACACCAAGAGAAGACCAAAGGAAACUAUUUGGACCCACAUCCUCAAGGACAACAGAGAGCAGGCCACCAUCCUCAUUUAGUCUUCACUCUUCCAGCUUUGAAUGUUCUGACUCGAGACCAGUAUCAAGUACACGGCUGAGCCCUCUACCACAUAAGCCGAAGUUGCCUUUACCCUCAACAAUUAAUGAUGAUUCUACAGUAUCAACUCCUACCCCCCCUUCACAUCCAACACUUGUUAGGAGGACCAACAUAACCCGUGCACGCUUGUUCAGAGCAGUGUCCCAUGGGAGCCUGAUGUCUGACACAGAAAUUCAUACAGAAGAGGGAAGAAAUCUGCAAGCUUCAGGUGACACAAGCCUUCCUUUGAAAGCUGAGUCAGGACACUUUGCCACUUCCUUGCCUCUUAACAACAAACAUCUACAAACCCACAAUGCGGAAAGUAAGCCACAGACACAAGGCACAGAUCCAGGGAUGCCACACACUCCCAGUAACAAGAAUGGACGUGUUUCUAGUGGGGGGAGGAGCACAUCAUCGCCGUGCGCCAGCAACACUGAGCCUGCCUUACUAGGAAAUAAAACAGUAGCUGAAGCAGAAGCUACAUUGUAUGAUGUGGAGACUGAAGAUGAAAUACUCUAUUGGAGAGAAAAGGUUUCUCCACUUCUGCAGGAUCUGGAGCUAGCACAGCAAGAGCGAAACGUUGACGACCUUUGCCACAUUUGUGCCAAACUUCACAAGGUCUUAGAAGGUGAAAAUAUGUUAGGUAAACGAUGCAAAAGAAGAGGACAGAUUUUGAAGGCAUUAUACAAGCUGGUAGAGAUCGGCUCAGAUAAACUUGGCCUCAGCCUAGCAAAAUUAAUUCUGGCGUUAAAAGUGAGUGGAAAAAACCUCCUCAACAUCUGCAAGCUCACAUUUAAGAUAAGCAGGACUGAAAAUAAUGACUGUCUCUUCCAAAACGAUACCAUCAUAGAUCAUUUGUUGUCGGUCCUGAAAAAUGAAGACAUCCAGGCCAAUGGCGAAGCUUUCCUGUAUUGCUUGGGAGCUAUCAAAUUCCUGUCUGGGAACCCAGUGCUUCUGAGGGAUUUACUCCAAAAACAAGCUGUUGAAAUAUUAGUAGAACUAAUGAAACAAAUUAUCCAUUUUAACAAACACCCAGAAACCAGUUCUUCUUUUGACAUAAGCCAUCUGCUUGUACAGCUCACUGCAACCUUAAGGAACCUGGCGGAUCUGUCAGAGUCGCGGCCCAAGUACCUCGCAAGCAAUGCACUUCCAAAUUUCUGUGUGCUGCUAGACCAUUACAUAAGUGAUAAGGACAUUUGCACCAAUGUUUCACGACUACUAAGUAAGCUUUCUUCUUACAAUGAAUGUUGCAUGGCGCUCGCAGAAUGCUCCAGCUGUUACCCUUCGUUCUUAUCUGUACUGAACAAACAUCCAAAAAAGCAGGACCUAGUUGUGCGCAUUUUGUUCACUCUUGGGAACCUGACAGCAAAAAACAAAAAAGCAUGUGAACAAUUUUAUAAACAGAAGAGAAGCAUCAAGACUCUGUUAGGUUUACUGCACUCUUACUGUGAGCAUGAUAUAAGUUUACAAAAGGCUAAAGCUAAUCAUCGGAAGGACGAUCCUGAUAAUCUGAAGAGACCUUCUGAUGUAGAAGAUGUCUUAAUCAAGCUGGUCAGGGUUCUGGCCAACCUAUCCAUUCAUCCUGUUGUAGGCACCGACCUGGCCGCCAAUGAGACCUGCGUCUCACUGUUAAUGAAAGUUCUUGAAUACAAGUCAAUUGAUGAAUGUGAGGAGCUAGUGAUCGAUACCGUUGUGGCAUUCAAUAAUUUAUCCUACUAUCAAGAUGUCAGAUCAGUUAUCACAGACAGAAGACUAGAUAUUUCACAGUUGCUUUUAAAAUUGCUACUAUGCAACAAUAUGGAUGCCAUCGUCGAAGUGGUACGAGUCUUUGGUAAUCUGUCCCGCCACCGGGAUGUACGUGACUUCAUAAUGGAGAAGAGUGUCUACAAAUUUGUGGUUAUACUCCUCGAUGCCAAGGACCAAGAUGUCUGCUUCUCUGCAUGUGGCGUUCUCAUUAACCUGACUGCAGACGGGAAUCAAAGAGCCUUGCUUAAAGAAGAAGGAGGGAUUAAAAAGCUGCUUGAUUGUCUGCGGGAUUUUGGAGGCUCAGACUGGCAGCUGGCUUCUUUGGUGUGCAAAGCCUUUUGGAAUUUCAGUGAAAAUCUAACAGAUGCAGAAUUGUGCUUUGGCAAGGAGCAGGCCAUUAUGCUUUUGGAGCUUUUGUCUUCGUUUCUAGAUGGACAAUUUGCUAUGGAUUAUAUAUCCAAUGGAGAUUUAAUGGAAUACCACAGAACAUGCUGGGAAAUGCACUUUAGACCAGUUGCUAUGCAGCUCUUAAGUAGGAUUCAGAGCCAUUAUUCUUAUUUGGAACCUUUGCCAGGACCUGUGUAGCUAUUUCACUGCCUUCACAUUGUGUAUAAAGAGCAAUUUUAGUGCAAAGUGGUCAUAGUGGCCGAUCAGUUACUUUAGUCGUUGCUCUACGUUGGCCACUUUGCAUCAACAUGUCUCUUUUUCCGUAACCACCUGAUGAAUCUCCAAGCCCAUGUGCGAGUUGGUACAUUACUGCAGUGAUCUCUUUUAUCUGUAUAGUAAGUUAUUGAUGAAUGUGGUUUCAACCUAUUCUGCACCAUGUCUCUUCAGAGUGAGUGUCAGAUUUGUUAAAACAGUUUUAUAAGUUUACUUAAUCUUUAUAUUUAAUAUAUUUUAAAAGCUAUGUAUAUUUCUAAAAAAUGAAGAUAGUAUAUAACUAUUCCAUGUGUAUGUAUUUUUCGACUAUUACAAUAAAAUUGUUUGCUUGCA